AUGGGAGGACCAAAUGGCAAGUGCUUCAGCUUCGCAUACGGCGACCCGCGCCGCGCAGACGUGCGCGUGUUGAUCGCAGUGGCACCCGCCGACACCAGCACCGCCGGCUCCGACCGCCAGCACAGCAGCAGCGGCGGCGCCGGCGGCAGCAGCGACGGCAGCUGUUCAAGCGGUGACGUGGCCGGCGCACGCGUGGUCUGUGAGAUCCCUGCGCACGCUAUACUGCUGGAGGAGGCCAGCGCAUGGGCGCGUGCCGCGCUGCAUGAGCACUGGUCAAGUGGCACCGCCAGGGCGGGCCACGGUAGCAGCGAUGGUGUCACGCUGCGGCUGGUGGUUGAGUGCGAGGCGCAGGCGGAGGCGGCGGCGCUGCUAAUGGCCUCGCUGUACUGCGGCGACGGCUCCGCCGCGCUAGCUGGCGCCAGCCAGCCGCAGCUGCUGCAGGUACUGCAGCUCGCGGACCGCUUCGGCGCACCCCGCGCCGCCGCCGCCGCGUGCCGACUGCUGUGCGCCACGCCCCCCUCCUCCCUGGACUGGUCCGCUGUCUCCGCUGCCUACCGCCUGCCGGCUGCGCUGCGGGAGCUCCCCGACUUUGCCGCCGUCAUGGACUGGGUGCGGCAUGGCAUGAUGGCGCGGCUCGGCGACCUGGAGGCUGCCCUGGGGGACGAGGAAGCCAGGCGGAAGCUGGCGGCGCUGCCGUUUGAAGCCGUAGUGGAGCUGCUGACAAACGACGGGACGAGGGCGGCCAGCGAAAACAGCUGCUACUGCGCCGCCGCUGAGUGGCUCGCCGAUCAGCCACGCGGCGGCACUCCCCGCCAGCGCGCUGCGCUCGCCGCAUGCCUGCGCCUCCCACACCUCACCCCCCUUAUGCUCACCACCGCCGCCGCGCGCUGCCCCUGGCUCGGGGCCCGCUUCUCGGCCGCCGAAUUGCUAGCAUGCGCAGCGCUCGCGGCGUUGCCAGACCCAUCGCGGCGCGAGGAGCUGCUGCUGGGCCCCGGCCAGCCCGCCGCCGCGCACGCCGCGUGGCGCCUGCCGCCGCGCCGCCUGUCGCAAGCAGCGCGCCGGCUGGCUCUGCGGCUGGAUGCGCGCGUCGAACAGCUGCGCGCGCUGCACGAGGCCGCGGCUGCAGCAGCGGCGGCGGCGGUGGCGGGGUGUGGUGGGGACGGGUCUGCGGGGGUGGAUGGCGGCGGCGCGGGGCUGCAGGUAGCCAAGGCGAGCCUGGCCGGGCCAAAGGCGUAUUUCAAUGGGUGGGAGGGCUUCGUUGAGGUUCAGGCGCGCGGCAGGCGCGUCGGGCCCACGACCGGCCGGCCUGCUGCUCCUGGUGAUAACAGCAGCGGCGGCGGGGACGGCGGCGCUGGGGUAGAGGUGGAGUUUGGUCUGUUCGUGCGUUUGGAGCUGCCACAGGCGCUGCGGGCGCUCCUGGCCUCGUCCGACGCCGCUGCUGCCGCCGCCGACGAUGACAACAGCCCCAGCAUCGGCGCCAAGCGCGGCCGCGCAGCCCCGCCAGGCAAGGGCGCUGAUGCUGCGCCCGGGGGUUCCGCGCCGGCCGCGGCGGCGCGUCCCGCGGCGCUGUGCUGCGCCGAACGUGUCGAGCUGCUUGCCUUCGCACCGGCCAGCGCAGAGCAAGUCGCCGACCCCGGCCCCAGCCGCGGCGCAGGCGGCAGGGGCCGCGACGGCCGCACCGGCGAGGCGCGCGGCGGCGACGACGGCGCCGCGGGCGCCGUGCUGCGACAUAAUCUCGGGGCGGCCUGCUUUUCGGAGGACAAGGGCUGGGGCCUGCCAAGGUUCUUCGGUGUCCCGGCGGCGCGCUUCUGGGACGAGCGGCCGUGGCGCGAGCUGGGGCUGAUUGGACCAGAGGGCAGGCUGGCUGUGGGUGCGGUGGUGACAGGGCUGCGCUGA